UGUGCAGAUUGAUGGUAAGGUGUGCUUAUGUAAUCAGCUGAGUUCGAUCGAUCGAGAUCAUGAGGUCAUGGAGUGGAUAAGCCAGUCUGGCUUAUUUAGCCAGUGUUGAAGUUUUCAGCCAAGUCGAAGCAGAACAAGAACAGCAACAGCAAGAUGGCACUCAGACUACCACCACUACUACUACUGCCCAGACUCACCACCAGACAACUCUCAACCCAACCAAAAACCAAACUAGCACCAUCACUCUCGAUCUUGGACCUGCCCAGCACGACCACCCACUCACUCCAGGCGAUCGUCGACCCCUUCGAACUGCUCGCAAACGAACUCAGCCAUCUCAAACAGAACAUCAAGGCCCUCGUCGGCUCAGACCAUCUCAGACUCAACUCGAUUGCCAAGUACUACCUCGCCUCGGCCCACCAGGGAAAACAUCUGCGUCCGUUGGUCGUCCUGCUCAUCUCCCAAGCCACCGCCGCCCCGCCCUUGGCCGACAGACCGAGACCGACCAACGCCCUCCACUUCAUCGACCGGCCGAUCUCCCCUCCCGAGAUCCUCAACGACAACAACUCUUCCUCAGACCAGCAGGGUUUACUCCCCGAAGAAGCAGAGGAUUCUGCCAUCUUGCCCGCCCAACGUCGGCUAGCCGAGAUCGCCGAGCUGAUCCAUGUCUCCUCCUUGCUGCAUGACGACGUGAUCGACCAGGCGGAGACCCGGAGAGGACAAGCCUCUGCGCCCCGUCAAUUUGGAUCCAAGCUCUCCGUCCUCGCCGGCGACUUCCUGCUCGCUAGAGCCUCCCUCAACCUCGCCAGACUCAGGAACUUCGAGGUGAUCGAACUGAUCUCCAGUGUGAUCUCCAACCUCGUCGAGGGCGAACUCAUCCAACUCGAAUCCAUCCUCGUCCCCCAUCUCCAAAAUCCGCCCAAACUGGCUCCGUCUUCGGAUCCCUCAAACCUUCAGUCUACCUCCCUCGCCCAUUCGCCCGCCGCGUUUGAUCCCCGUCUCUUCGACUUCUAUAUGCGCAAAAACUACCUCAAAACGGCCUCCUUGAUCGCCAAGACUUGUCGGGCUGCCGUCAUCCUUUCUUCUUCUUCUUCCUCUCCACCAUCUCCUCAGACCCAAGAACUGAUUGAAGCCAGUUACCAAUUCGGCAAACACUUAGGUCUCGCCUUCCAAAUCGUGGAUGAUAUUUUGGACUACACGGGCUCGGAGGACGAGCUAGGGAAGACGGGGAACGGGUCGGAUCUGAAGGCCGGCCUGAUCACUGGGCCGGGCCUAUUUGCAUGGAAGCAAUUCGACCGGACCUUUGGCGAGCUGGUCGUCCGCAAGUUCUGUCGUCCUGGUGACCUUGAUCUCGCGAAAGAAAUGGUCCAUAAGUCCGACGCCAUUCGCAGCUCUUAUCAGCUCGCCUCGCACCACAUCCAGCUCUGCCUUUCGCAGCUCAACUCGUUCAACGAUUCCGAUGCCAAGGCUGGCUUGCAACGACUCUGCGAUCUCGUCCUCAAUCGUAAUCAUUAAUCUAUCCUCUUCUCCCUCCUUUCUGUUUUUUUUGUCGAUUUCUUGAGUUUUUUUUUUUUUUUGUUUGUUUGUUU